CGAUCCGACCGUGUAGACCCGGUUGAAAUCGGAAGCGAUGGCCAUUUGCUUGUAGAAUUGCGGACUCUGCGCCAGGUAGGCGCUGUUCUUGAAAUAGCUAACCGCGAACACAUUGGCACCGCCCUCGCUGGCCGCCGAGAUAAUCUUGGGCGUAUGGAUUUCCACAAAACCGAAUUUGUCCAGAGUAUCACGGAAGAGCUUGCACACACCGGCUUCCAAGCGGAACACCGCCUGAUUGGUCGUGGUACGGAGAUCCAGGACACGGUUGUUUAAUCGCGUAUCCUACAAAAAAAACAAACCUGCAUUAGAAUUAAUCAUAUACAGCCGCAGGCGCCAUUCUGUCAACAUUUAAUAUUUUUGUGGCGACUGUUUACUGUCAAUGCCGAACAAAAAAACUACGAUACAUAAACCACCAUUUUCUGAAUGAAACGUUCGCUUUUACGUCUACCACAAUUCGUCAGAAUGCGGAUUGUCCGAUCGCGGGACUAAUAAUCAAGGACAAAGUUGGAGUGCGAGCACCAAGUUGGAGUGCGAGCACGGGAUUGCCUGUUCCAAUAAACUUAAUCACCGCAUAACCGCCAUUGCGACACUCUCCGGAAUCCGAUUGACGCAACUGUUCGCCAGCAAUUAGGCUCUAACAACGCGCACUGUUGUCUUCCUGUGUUUCCAUCGACAACUGAUUAUCACUUAAAUGGCUGUAAUGGAAACGAAAAGCUCGAAAUCGCGCAGAAGAUCAAAAUCCCGUAGACUAGAUCCUAGCAUUGCUGAGUUACUGGAGAGCUUCAUUGGAAAUCUCCGAAUGGAGGUGCAGUCCAUAACCGAGGAGGGAAUGCAGAUGGAGUUUGAUUUGAUUGGCACGGUCCCUUCGAUUGCUAAUGCAGUUCGCCGCGUUCUUCUGGUCGAGAUCCCCUCAAUGGCGCCGGAAACCGUCCUCCUAGAGCAGAACAACACCGCCAUGCAGGACGAGGUGCUGGGCCACCGUAUCGGCCUGAUCCCUUUCCGCGCCGAUCCCCGCAAAUUCAAAUUCCGCGAACUGAAAUCCCGCUCCGAUCAUCCGGACUACGCCCUGAUCUUCGGCCUGAAAGUGACAGCCCCCAAGCAGCCCCUCGACACGGACAAGCGCUUCAUCAGCACCAAAGUGUACUCCAAAGACUUCUUCUGGAUUCGUGAUUCCCUGCUACACGAUCCCUCCGAGAGUGAUGAGCACCGUCGGCCGGUGCAUGACGAUAUUCUGAUCAAUGUGUUGAGGCCGAAUCAGGAGAUGGAUCUGAAAAUCCAUGUGGUGAAGGGCAUCGGGAAGGAUCACAUUAAAUUCUCACCGGUCUCCUUGGCUUCCUACAGGCAUUUGCCGGUGAUCAAGUUGAAGGACAAGACUGUUGUGGACGGAGAGGAUGCGGAAUUGCUACAACAGUGUUUUUCCAAAGGUGUGAUUGAUAUUGUGGAAGACAGAAAGGGUAGGAGAAAGGCGAAAGUGAUUAAUCCGCGGUUGGAUUGUGGAAGUCGCAAUGUGCUGCGGUAUCCGGAAAUCUGCAAAAAUUUGGAACUGGGUUCCGCUAAGGAUCAUUUUAUUUUCUCCGUGGAAUCUAUUGGUGCCUUGCCGGCUGCUGUUUUAGUUAAGGAAGCUUGUCGGAUUCUUAGAGAACGCUGUGAAUAUCAUUUUCUUAGCAUUGGCUGUGGUCAGCAAGACGCAGAUGCUUAGCGGCAGAAAUUAUUUUCCAAAGGCCACAAUAAAAGCGACAAAAACCUA